CCGCGAAGCGCCAAAACCCAGCGGAAAAAGCCCACAUCUUUCAGUGAAACCGGCGCCGGAAAGCACGUUCACCGUACUGGGUUUUUGGAUCAUCAAGAUUUGGGUGAUCUUGCCUUGAUUCCUGGAAAUUCUCAACUGGGUUUCUGAAAAAUGGGAACUAGCAAAACGGAAGUAAAUCUAAGAAGAUUACUUGCUACUGCCCCUAAACAGCAGAACCAAGCAAAGCUUAUUCAUUAUGUUGCUACUUUAAGAGAACAGUUAGAACAAUUAGCUGAAGAAAGAACAGGAGAAGGCUUACCAAGAGUUUCAAAAGCUGUGGUGAGUGACUAUUCAGAAAAGAUUGAAGCCAUUGCUUCCAAAUUAAUUUCCAUGAUGCCUGAUUUGGAAGUUCCCCAAGAGUCCUUAGCAAGUACUUCUGUUAAAGGAAGCUCCGUUGAAUUAGAAGAAGAAACUCGCAUUUCCCCAUCUCCAGGACUGAGAAGGAGAUCUGUGCCUGGCUCAAAUUUUGAAGAUAAAGUUGAGGCUAAUGAUGCUAAUUCUUCAGCACCUAUCAAAUUGGAUGCCAUGGCACAGGCACAUAUCGAAAAGCAAAGGAAACUUCAAGAGGACUUAACUGAUGAAAUGGUUGGGUUAGCUAGGCAACUCAAAGAGAGUAGCAUUUUGGUGAGCCAGUCAGUGCAAAACAGUGAAAAGAUACUCGAUUCGACAGAAGAGGCCAUCGAACGUAGCUUGGCAAGCACCGGUCACGCGACUUCCCGGGCAUCGGAAAUAUACUCAAAGAGCUCUGCAACAUCAUGCUUGACAUGGCUAUUGAUGUUUGUUAUGAUUUGUAUCUUCAUUAUGGUUGUGCUCUUGAUUCGUGUCACUUGAUUUAGCUUUGCUUUGCUUAGGAACAUCCCUUUUGGGUUUUCUCCGUUUCUUUUCUAAAUUGAUUGUGUAUUUGUAUUCCAAAGUAUAUAAAGUCUUUUUCUGCCCUUUUCUAAUCAAAUUAUUAACAGAAAAAUUAACUGUAAUGAUGCAUAGGAUGUGAUGAUUUGGUUGGUAUACAAUAAUAAUAUUUAAUUUAACUAACAUCAAUUAUUGA